UGCCUUUGAGCGGAGCUUUUGAGUUGUCCGAAAGUAACGGUGCAUCCGAGCGGCUGAAACGGGAAUCGACUGAAAGAACAGAAUAAAAAUGCAUUUGGGUCUUAUAAAUUGGUUGCUUCUGCCACUACUGGGCUUCGCACUCCUUGGCGGAAGGGCCGAAGAGUUGCUGGAACUGGCUUGCAUCACGGACGUUCAGUGCUCACAGUUCGAUCGGGGCCACUGCGUGGACAUGGCCUGCAUCUGCUCGGCACGUGACUCGGAGGAGCGCGUGGCCUGCCUUCCGCACGAGGAGAAGCUGACAAACAUCAUUGGCGGCCCCUGUCCCUGUCCACAACCAAAUGCCGAGUGUGAUUCCAAACGGGAUCAGUGCGUCUGCCACAUGGGGUAUGUGCCUAGCGCCGAUCGCAGGCGCUGCCUUCCCGAGGCGGUCCGUCAUGGUGGAGUAUGCGAAUCGUUGCGGCAAUGCCAGCUGGCGGACAAGUUCAGCAUGUGCUUGGAAGGUCAUUGCCAGUGCCGGUCCAACUUCGAGCUCCACGAGGGACGCUGCUUGGCUGUGCUACAAUCGAGCUGCCGGCUAAACACGGAUUGUGGCACCUGCGGCGCCUCCCUAUGCCUGCCGAAGGUGGAGAAGUGCGCCUGCGCAGAGAACUACGUCCACAACCGAAACAUGACCAAGUGCAUAACGGGCUCCAACUACGGCAGCAGCUGCGAUCACAGUGCACCCUGCCAGGUGACCCUUGGGGGCUCUGCCCAGUGCCAGGAUCAUCGCUGCACCUGUCGUGCCACUCAUUACCCCAAAAGGGUAGCCAACGCUGUGCCCAAGGAGAGCGACAUUGACGGAGAUAUCAUCAGCCACAAGGAUCGAAUCAGUUGUGAGCCCACCGUGCUCUUUGGAGCCUACUGUCGUCACCAUGGCGACUGCCGGAUGGAGCCUGUGGGGCAGGACAGUGCCCCCGUUGCCAUGGUGUGCCACUACGGCGAGUGCACCUGCAGUGACACCCACCGGCUGCAGGACAAUCAGUGCAUCCUGAUGGUGAAUAUGGGAGCAACACAUCAUGGCGCAGCACGCCUCCUCCCCCUAAGCUUCGCUUGCGCUUUACAAAUAUUCUUUUACUUUCUUUUUAGUAAACAAAUUUAUUGUUGAAUUUAUAUGAAAAAUAUAUAUAUAGCACGAUCGAA